CGGGCGGAGUUUGGCGAGCUGCGACGCGGUGUAGUCAGACGGCAGUGGACCUGGGAGGAGACAGCUCGCGUCCGAGCUUCUCUCUGCUCCUUCGCCGCAUCCACCGCCGCGCCCCGGCCUCCCGCCAGUCCUCGAUGCAGAGUUGGGCGGCCGCGUGAUGGGGUUGCGGAGCGGCGCCCUGCGGCUCCCGGCGGCCGCUGCUCGCGCUGAGGUGCGUCGGUGCCCGGCCUCCCGCGCCCCUGCGCGCCGCGGCGUCUUCUGACUCGGCCGGCUCGCCCGUCGGUCCGCAGCGCGGCUGAGGAACUUUGAACAUAACUUCAAAAGAAGAUUUGAUCUUUAUUUCUGGAUUGCAUCUGUAAGGACACCAGAAUGUCGGGAGCCUCAGUGAAGGUAGCUGUUCGAGUGAGGCCCUUCAAUUCUCGAGAGACCAGCAAGGAAUCCAAGUGCAUCAUUCAGAUGCAAGGCAACUCGACCAGUAUUAUUAACCCAAAGAACCCAAAGGAAGCACCAAAGUCCUUCAGCUUCGACUACUCUUACUGGUCUCACACCUCGCCUGAAGAUCCCUGUUUUGCAUCGCAGAAUCGUGUGUACAAUGACAUUGGGAAGGAAAUGCUCUUACACGCCUUUGAAGGGUAUAAUGUUUGCAUUUUUGCCUAUGGGCAGACUGGUGCUGGGAAAUCCUACACGAUGAUGGGGAAACAAGAGGAGAGCCAAGCUGGCAUCAUUCCACAGUUGUGUGAAGAACUCUUUGAGAAGAUCAAUGACAACUGUAAUGAAGAAAUGUCUUACUCUGUAGAGGUGAGCUACAUGGAAAUUUACUGUGAGAGAGUACGAGAUUUGCUGAAUCCCAAAAACAAGGGUAAUUUGCGUGUACGUGAACACCCGCUUCUUGGACCCUAUGUGGAGGAUCUGUCCAAGCUGGCGGUCACUUCCUACACUGACAUUGCUGACCUCAUGGACGCUGGGAACAAAGCCAGGACAGUGGCAGCUACCAACAUGAAUGAAACAAGUAGCCGUUCCCACGCUGUGUUCACCAUCGUUUUCACUCAGAAGAAACACGAUACUGAGACGAACCUUUCCACCGAGAAGGUCAGUAAAAUCAGCUUGGUGGAUCUAGCAGGAAGUGAACGAGCUGAUUCAACUGGUGCCAAAGGAACUCGAUUAAAGGAAGGUGCAAAUAUUAAUAAGUCUCUUACAACUUUGGGCAAAGUCAUUUCGGCCUUGGCAGAGGUGGAUAACUGCACCAGCAAGAGUAAAAAGAAGAAGAAAACUGAUUUUAUUCCCUACAGGGAUUCUGUUCUUACUUGGCUCCUUCGAGAAAAUCUAGGUGGUAACUCCCGAACUGCAAUGGUUGCUGCUCUGAGCCCAGCAGACAUCAACUAUGAUGAAACUUUGAGCACUCUGAGGUAUGCAGACCGUGCAAAACAAAUUAAAUGCAAUGCUGUUAUCAAUGAGGACCCUAAUGCCAAGCUGGUUCGGGAGUUGAAGGAGGAAGUGACCCGAUUGAAGGACCUUCUUCGUGCUCAGGGGCUGGGAGAUAUUAUUGAUAUUGAUCCAUUGAUCGAUGAUUACUCUGGAAGUGGAGGCAAAUAUCUGAAAGAUUUUCAGAACAAUAAACAUAGGUACUUGCUAGCCUCUGAGAAUCAACGCCCUGGCAAUUUUUCCACAGCAUCCAUGGGGUCCCUUACUUCAUCUCCAUCUUCAUGCUCACUUAGUAGUCAGGUGGGCUUCACAUCUGUGACCAGUAUUCAAGAGCGGAUCAUGUCUACACCUGGAGGGGAGGAAGCCAUUGAACGUCUGAAGGAAUCAGAGAAGAUCAUUGCUGAGUUGAAUGAAACCUGGGAAGAGAAACUUCGUAAAACAGAGGCCAUCAGAAUGGAAAGAGAAGCUUUGUUGGCUGAGAUGGGAGUUGCCAUACGGGAGGAUGGAGGAACACUUGGUGUUUUCUCACCUAAAAAGACUCCACAUCUUGUUAACCUCAAUGAAGACCCACUAAUGUCGGAGUGUCUGCUUUAUUAUAUCAAAGAUGGGAUUACAAGGGUUGGCCAAGCAGAUGCUGAGCGGCGCCAGGACAUAGUGCUGAGUGGGGCUCACAUUAAAGAAGAGCAUUGUAUCUUUCGGAGUGAGAGAAACAACUCUGGUGAAGUUAUCGUGACUCUAGAGCCUUGUGAGCGCUCAGAGACCUAUGUGAAUGGCAAGAGGGUGGCCCAGCCUGUCCAGCUGCGCUCAGGGAACCGUAUUAUCAUGGGUAAAAACCACGUUUUUCGUUUCAAUCACCCUGAACAAGCACGAGCUGAGCGGGAGAAGACUCCCUCUGCUGAGACCCCCUCUGAGCCUGUGGACUGGACAUUUGCACAGAGAGAGCUUCUCGAAAAACAAGGAAUUGAUAUGAAACAGGAGAUGGAAAAAAGGCUGCAGGAAAUGGAGAUCCUAUACAAAAAGGAGAAGGAGGAAGCUGAUCUUCUUCUGGAGCAGCAGAGACUGGACUAUGAGAGUAAAUUGCAGGCCUUGCAGAAGCAGGUUGAGACUCGUUCUCUGGCUGCAGAAACAACUGAAGAAGAGGAGGAGGAGGAGGAAGUUCCUUGGACACAGCAUGAGUUUGAGUUGGCCCAGUGGGCCUUCCGGAAAUGGAAGUCUCACCAGUUUACCUCAUUAAGGGACUUACUCUGGGGCAAUGCAGUAUACCUGAAGGAGGCCAACGCCAUCAGUGUGGAGCUGAAGAAGAAGGUACAGUUUCAGUUUGUCCUGCUGACUGACACGCUCUACUCCCCUUUGCCUCCUGAAUUACUUCCCACGGAGAUGGAAAAAACUCAUGAGGACAGACCUUUCCCUCGUACAGUGGUGGCAGUGGAAGUCCAGGAUCUGAAGAAUGGAGCAACACAUUAUUGGUCUUUGGACAAACUCAAGCAGAGACUGGAUUUAAUGCGGGAGAUGUAUGACAGGGCAGGUGAGAUGGCCUCCAGUGCCCAGGACGAAAGCGAAACAACCAUGACUGGCAGUGAUCCAUUCUACGAUCGGUUCCACUGGUUCAAACUUGUGGGAAGCUCCCCCAUUUUCCACGGCUGUGUGAAUGAGCGCCUUGCCGACCGCACACCCUCCCCCACUUUUUCCACGGCCGAUUCCGACAUCACUGAACUGGCUGACGAACAGCAGGAUGACAUGGAGGAUUUUGAUGAUGAGGCAUUCGUGGAUGACACCGGCUCUGACGCAGGGACGGAAGAGGGAUCAGAUCUCUUCAGUGAUGGGCAUGACCCAUUUUACGACCGAUCCCCUUGGUUCAUUUUAGUAGGAAGGGCAUUUGUGUACUUGAGCAACCUGCUGUAUCCUGUGCCCCUGAUUCACAGGGUGGCCGUCGUCAGUGAGAAGGGGGAAGUGCGGGGAUUCCUGCGUGUGGCUGUGCAGGCCAUUGCAGCGGAUGAAGAAGCUCCUGAUUAUGGCUCUGGAAUUCGACAGUCAGGAACAGCUAAAAUAUCUUUUGAUAACGAGUACUUCAAUCAGAGUGACUUUUCUUCAGUUGCAAUGACUCGUUCUGGUCUGUCUUUGGAGGAGCUGAGGAUUGUGGAGGGACAGGGCCAGAGUUCUGAAGUUAUCACUCCUCCAGAAGAAGUCAAUCGAAUGAAUGACUUGGAUCUGAAGUCGGGCACGUUGCUGGAUGGGAAGAUGGUGAUGGAGGGAUUUUCUGAAGAGAUUGGCAACCACCUGAAACUGGGCAGCGCCUUCACUUUCCGAGUCACCGUGCUCCAGGCCAGUGGGAUCCUUCCAGAGUAUGCAGACAUCUUUUGUCAGUUCAACUUUUUGCAUCGUCAUGAUGAAGCAUUCUCCACUGAACCCCUCAAAAACAAUGGAAGAGGAAGUCCCCUGGGCUUUUAUCAUGUACAGAAUAUUGCAGUGGAGGUCACUGAGUCAUUUGUGGACUACAUCAGAACUAAGCCCAUCGUAUUUGAGGUCUUUGGACAUUACCAGCAGCACCCACUCCAUCUGCAAGGACAAGAUCUUAACAGUCCACCUCAGCCUUCUCGGAGAUUCUUCCCACCACCCAUGCCACUCUCCAAACCAGUUCCAGCCACCAAGUUAAACACCAUGAACAAAACCAGCCUUGGGCAGAGCAUGAGCAAGUAUGACCUUCUGGUUUGGUUUGAGAUCAGUGAACUGGAGCCUACAGGAGAGUAUAUUCCAGCCGUGGUUGACCACACAGCAGGCUUACCUUGCCAGGGGACAUUUUUGCUGCACCAGGGCAUCCAGCGACGGAUCACAGUGACUAUUAUCCACGAGAAGGGCAGUGAGCUCCACUGGAAAGACGUUCGUGAACUGGUGGUAGGUCGGAUUAGGAAUAAACCUGAGGUAGAUGAAGCUGCUGUUGAUGCUAUCCUUUCCCUAAACAUCAUCUCUGCUAAGUCCCUGAAGUCUUCCCACAACUCCAGCAGGCUCUCUCUUGAUAAGGAUAUUCCUAGGACCUUCUACCGUUUUGAGGCUGUAUGGGACAGCUCCCUACAUAACUCCCUCCUUCUGAACCGAGUGACACCCUAUGGAGAAAAGAUCUACAUGACCUUAUCUGCUUAUCUGGAGUUGGAUCAUUGCAUCCAGCCAGCUGUCAUCACCAAGGAUGUGUGCAUGGUCUUCUAUUCCCGAGAUGCCAAGAUCUCACCGCCACGUUCUCUGCGAAGCCUCUUUGGUAGUGGUUACUCAAAGUCACCAGACUCCAACCGAGUUACUGGAAUUUAUGAACUGAGCUUAUGCAAAAUGGCAGAUACUGGUAGUCCAGGCAUGCAGAGGCGGAGGAGAAAAGUCUUGGAUACCUCUGUGGCAUAUGUGCGGGGGGAAGAGAACCUAGCAGGCUGGCGACCUCGUGGAGACAGCCUCAUCCUGGAGCACCAGUGGGAGCUGGAGAAGCUGGAGCUGCUGCACGAGGUGGAAAAAACACGCCACUUUUUGCUGCUUCGGGAGAGACUUGGUGACAGCAUACCCAAGUCUCUGAGUGACUCAUUGUCCCCCAGCCUCAGCAGUGGGACCCUUAGUACCUCCACCAGCAUGUCUUCUCAGAUCUCAACCACCACCUUUGAAAGUGCCAUCACACCAAGUGAGAGCAGUGGCUAUGACUCAGCAGACAUCGAGAGCCUGGUAGACCGAGAGAAAGAACUGGCUACAAAGUGCCUGCAGCUUCUCACCCACACUUUCAACCGAGAAUUCAACCAGGUACAUGGCAGCAUUAGUGACUGUAAGCUGUCUGAUAUCUCUCCAAUUGGACGAGAUCCCUCUGUGUCCAGUUUUAGCAGUUCUACCCUCACCCCCUCCUCCACAUGCCCCUCUCUGGUGGACUCAAGGAGCAACUCAAUAGAUCAGAAGACCCCAGAAGCCAAUUCUCGUGCCUCUAGUCCCUGCCAAGAAUUUGAACAGUUUCAGAUCGUCCCAACUGUGGAGACACCCUAUUUGGCCCGAGCAGGAAAAAAUGAAUUUCUCAAUCUUGUUCCAGACAUUGAAGAAGUUAGAGCAGGGUCAGUGGUAUCUAAGAAGGGAUACCUGCAUUUCAAGGAGCCACUUUCCAGCAACUGGGCUAAACAUUUCGUUGUGGUUCGUCGUCCUUAUGUCUUCAUCUAUAACAGUGACAAAGACCCAGUAGAACGUGGCAUCAUUAACUUGUCUACAGCACAGGUGGAGUACAGUGAGGACCAGCAGGCCAUGGUGAAGACACCUAAUACCUUUGCCGUAUGCACAAAGCACCGGGGGGUCCUUUUGCAAGCGCUCAAUGACAAAGACAUGAACGACUGGUUAUAUGCCUUUAACCCACUUCUGGCUGGCACAAUAAGGUCAAAACUCUCUCGCCGAUGCCCGAGCCAGCUGAAAUACUAAGCAAUUCUGCUGAGCCUUGCUCGCCUUGGACAGAUAAAGAAAGUGUUACCUCUCAUUCUCUUUGUGAUUCUUAACGGUUAUUCUUGUCUGUAAUCUUGUGGCUUAACUACUUCUCCCCUUCAUCCAGCACUUCUCUAGCUCUCCUGUUCCCUAUCUCCAUGGUUCUGUACUCUUCUUUUUCUUAUGCUAAGACUUGUAGCAUGUGGCCUAAGAAAGGGGAAAAAACACUACACACAUUCAUGUGCGCUCACAUUCCCACACAGACCCUGAGGGUCCAGCCAGUCUCCACGAUGUUUCCCAGUGUAUGUCCGCUGCUUUGUGAAUGGUAGAUCCCCUUGUACUCACUGUCUGUCUGUUGUCUCUGUGUGUCUCUGGUUUUCAGGGUAAUCAAUCUCUCUCUCUCUCUCUCUCUCUCUCUCUCUCUCUCUCUCUCUCUCUCUCUCUCUCUCUUAUUCGGUUUAUGAUAAUACUACUUUUUCCUGGGUGGCUUAGAGACUAAGAGAGGAGACAUUUGGCAUGUCAGUCUUGGAGAAAAAAACUUGCUUUUCCCUCCUUCUGUCUCUUUAUUUGGUGGCUAAUCCCUACAUUUCCAUUCAGGGAAAGCACUGUGGGAAACUCAGAAAUGGGAUUUAUAUUCUCUAUCCAAACCAGGGCUUAGAGCAUGGAUUCAUAGAGUGGAAGAGACAGAAGGUCCUUUGUGAUAGGCCUGGACAGUGGCUGCUGUUGGCCCUUUGAGGCCAGGCUGCUGCAGUGGAUUGGGCAGUGGGUCAUGAGGGUGAUCAUUAGAGGAUGGGCUGGAGUUGCUCACAGCAGAAUCCUGCAGGCUUUCUCCUCCUCACUGGGAAGUAGGCUUUUGUCUUGGAAUUUCCCAACUCUGUCCUUAGCAUUCCUAAUGCUGGUCACACUAUUUGGAAUUAUGUGAUGUCAUGAACACAUUUCCCACAAGGGGGAGUGGGGGAGUGUUUGACUUCUGGGGAUAAACUGGAUCAAUGUUGCUAUGAGAGUGCUGAGUGCAACUUGGGAUUGUUGUAGCUCCCUUUGGUCAAAGAAUUGUAGCUUCAGCAUAAACUUUGAAGUCACCAUCGGAAUCCAGUAGCCAUUCCCAAUAAUGCUUGUCAUGGCAGGCUUUGUUUUCUGGAUGCCAGGAUUCAGUCCCCACCACCAUUCCAAACAAAUCAGAAGACAACACUUAGGGAUGAGAAGGAGUGUCCCCAACUGUCUUGUGGUUUGCUGUUGGAUCCUGACCUGCCCCCCCCACUACUGUUUCCCAUGUGGUUUGGAAGUACCCCCUUAGAAAAAAGAACUCCAGAGAAACCCUGUCUCGAAAAACCAAAAAAGAAAAAAAAAGAAAGAAAAGAAAAAGAAAAAAGAACUCCCUGCUCCCAGUUUCUGUGGCUUCUAACAAACCAGGUCAGGGUUCAAGAGACCAUCAGAAAAUCAUGCUCUUCCUUUACCUGCCAGUGUUACAGGACUGAGUAGGGCACAGAAAGCCCCUGGUUGGGAUCCUUCAGUUGCUUUGCCAGUGACUUGGGGCUCAUUCAUGCUGCCUUUUACUGGUCUUGCCAGCCUGUUUCACCAUCGCUCAGGCACCCAGGAAAGCAUCUGCCCACCUCCACUCUGGGAGGGUUCUUCACCCGAGGGUAAUGGUGGAAUGGAUUUCUCUCUGGUCAGGAGCUCACUCACCACCGCAGAGCAGCCACUAGGGAGGUGUGUGGGUAUGCAGACCCUUGCUUCUGACCUCUCAGCGGGGUUUCUCUCUGAAGAACGGGACUCCCAGCUCCGUCUGCUACUGUUGCCUUGCAAAGAAAAGGAAAAGUGGACCAUGGAGAAAAGAAAGGGCAAAAAUCAGACUUUUUAUCUAAAAAAUUGAUCAACAAAUACUUUGGUGGGUUUUUAAAACUUCCUUUCUCUCCUUAAAGCAUAGGUCAUUAACUGUAAUGUUACUUGUUUUCUAAGCAUAUGUAUAAGAUUUUUAAUGUAGUUAGAAGUCUCUGUUGUCUAAUGAACACAACAUGCCCCUCUGGUGUAUACUCAAAUCCAGCAGGCUCUGUCUGUGCUUGGAGACAGCUUUCUGGACCAGAACGAAAUCUAAUUUCAGGGAAAUGAAGAGAAAAGGUCGCUUUUCAAUGGAAUCGCUGGUGUUGCUGCUGUUACGCAGUUGGAUGGGCCCGUGUCUGUGGUGAGAGGUGUGAAACCUGAAGGAGAGUGGGCUGUUCAUGCACUAAACCCUGCAGUGACUUGUGCUUUCUGUUAACUCCGACAAACUGGUGUAGAAAGUCUUUGCUUUGCAAAUAUCCACUGUUAGAGUGAGCCAAACUGGACCGCCCCUUCCCGUAUGCCCAGAUAAGGCAGCCUCAUUAGGAGACCAGGAAAAGUGGGAUUGGAACUGGGGCACAUGUGUUUCUCUCUGCCACUGUUGGUGCCCCUCUUUCUGUAGGGCCCAUGCUCAGAUUGGAAUCUGAGCAGUUGGGGAUGUAUGUUCCAUUUCCAGACAAGCUCACCUCUGCUUUGAAGCUUUGAAAGAGGAAGGGUUUUAUGGCAGGACCUAUGUGGGAGAUUUUGUGGUUGCCAUGGUAGCAGGAAAGUUAAGACAACUAGACUUUAAGGAAAUAUAUAUAUAUAUAUAUAUAUAUAUAUAUAUAUAUAUAUAUAUAUAUAUAAAAAAUUUUCAUAGCACUCUUUUAAACAAAAAACCUAGAAUAAAAACCUACAAAUUACAGAAAGUGAGUGCUGGUUAAAAUUAAUCAUCCUCCCUCUUCCUUUAUUUCUCCUCCUUCCUCCCAAGCAAAUAUAGCCUCAUAACUAACCCUGACCAGUGCUCAGGCCUUGCCUGCUUCUGGGAGACUACCCUGGGAGUCAGCCAGCUCUCAGGCCCAGACUGUGCGGGGCCAGGCAGUCCCUGCAUGAGGUGAGGCAGGAGCACAGGCCAGGCUGCUUCCGAGCAGGCCCCUGAACCCAUCCAUAAAUGAGAAACUCGAGGGGAGUACUGAAGGUUCAUCAACUUAGAAACCAUUCUUUUCCUCCUUCAGCUACGUGGAAUCUAUAUAUCUAUUAAUUUUUCAAGAUUUUUCAUCUUGUUUAGAUGAAAGAAUGAAGGAUGAUUGUGAAAGGUCUUUGAGGUCUAAAAACAGGUGAUUCCUGGAAUGUAUUUCAAAGCAUAGACUUUGUUACCUGCUGCUGCUUGUCUAAUUUACAGGGAGAUUUAAUUUUGUAAGGUGUUUGUAUAUUUAUACAGCUGUAAUGAAUUGCACAUUGGACUGAUGGGAUGAUUCUGCACUGGGUGGCGCCUGUUGGGACUCUUGCAGUCCCUCGUGGGUGCUGUGUUCUGGCUCUCCUGAACAAUACUAGGGCUGGGUGUUCAUUUGGCAUGGGUCCUUCACUUUUCAUUUGAGCUCCUUUUUGAAAUUAUAAUCUUUAACUUGCUCUAUGAGAAGAAAAGAAUAAUUAUGUUGCUGCUCUUAGAAGGUCUGCUGAAUGCAUUUGAAUUAAACUCUGGCGCUGUGAACUGCAGCCAUCUGCUGUAACCAGUGAUCCGCCAAGAGUGGGUAAGACCAUGACUGUGGAGCAAGUCAGAGAUCGUCAGCUGAGAGAUUAUUGCUGUUACUGUUCAAAAGGCCAUUUAUGAAGUAGGUAUUGGAGCUCUAUAAAAUCUUGAGAGACCCUAAUUACUUCGAGAAAAUAAGAGUUGAUACAGAACUGGUGUUAAAAACACCAGAGGUUACAACCAGAGGUUAGGGGCAUAGCUUAGUGAUAGAGCACUCGGCAAUUGUGUGAUGCCUUUGGUUAGGUCCCGCAAAGCAGAGACAAAAAACCUCCCGGUAGAUAGCUGCUCAGACAGAAAGUCCAGGCCCAGGUUGGUCUCGUGCCCAACCCUGGAUGUUACACGUUGCUUGUCGUGUCUUUAAUUGUUUUUGUUUGUUUGUUUGUUUUCCAUGCUGUGUAUUCUGGCAUCAGUUUUCCCAAGGAAUCCACCAGCCUUCUCAUGGUUACACAUUGUCUUAGACUUUGUGGCUCUAAAGUACUUGUCUGUUGAGAGCCAAGUCUCUCGUCACCAUCCCCAUGCUAUGACAGAACCCAUGAAGCAUAAGUGGCCUUUUUGAACCAAGACUUUGCAAACUGAUCUCUCCCCAGUGAAGGAGUUGAGCACAAGCAACAAUGUACAUUAUUAAUUUUGGAUUUCAUUUUCAUGUUUUAUUUUGUAAAUAUCUGAUGUUUGGAGCUUGAGUAUACAAAAUGUAAAUACAGUUCUCGUAUUUGUACUAAUCCUGAUUCUUUUGCUGUAUAGCCUUAGAUGUGUAAUGCAGACAUUAUCUAACUGUGUAUUGUAACCUUGCAUCACAGAACUGCUAGUGAACGAGGUAAAAUUAAUAAAGGUACAACCAGUGCAUCAAAUGA